UUAUUCCGUUCAAUGACAGACGGUCUAUUAAAACUAGCUCGGAUUAUUUCUAGUUAAGAGAUCCAGACACCAGUUUAUUUUAUAAAUAGCCAAACGGACUGGACAAACAUGGACAUUUGGGGUUUGGUGGAAAUAAACAACUGGAUAUUAACGCUUGUCUUGCUGUGCAUUUCAGCUUUUCUAUACUCCCGAUGGAAGCACAGUUUAUUUAAACAGUAUGGAAUUCCUGGCCCUUCACCCACCCCGUUUUUCGGCGUCGCUCUCAAAUAUAACCGAAAGGGUUUGGCAGUCACAGACCAGGAAAUGGUUAAGAAGUACGGUAGUGUAGUCGGAUUAUACAUGGGACACUUACCCCUGAUUCUGGUGUCAAAUCCAGACACAAUUAAAGAAAUAAUGAUUAAGGACUUCUCGAGAACUCCAAACAGACCAAAGACGUUUGUUCAAAGAAAUGAGAUGAAGCACAGUCUGAUAAAUACGGACAAUGACCACUGGCGAUUUCUUCGGAAUACCCUUCUUCCCACUUUUUCUUCAGGCAAAAUGAGAAUGAUGGAACCAUUAUUUAAAGCAAAGUACGAACAGUUACUGGAGAAUCUCAAUAAUAAAGUCAAAACUGGAAAACCGAUAGAGUUCAAAGAGGUAUUCGGUGCCUACACACUAGAUGUUAUAGCCUCGACUGGAUUUGGUGUCGACAUCGAUUCGCAGAAAAAUCCCGAGAGUGAUUUUGUCAGACAUGCCAAAACAUUCUUCAAUGUUACAUUCAGUCCACUGUUGUUAUUAAUUUUGAUGUUUCCAAAAUUUGAUGCUGUCUUGGACUGGUUUGGGAAGUCCCCUUUGAAUCAAAUUGAACCUAUGGCUUUCUUCAGAAAUGUUACCAACCAAGCCAUUGGUCUCCGAGAAGAUGACAACGAGAAACGCAAAGACCUGCUGCAGAUGAUGUUAAAUGCGCACCAUGAUAUUGACGUCAACGAUAAUGAAGUAAAACAGAAUUACGAAGACGCUGAAAAAUGGAAGACAAGAGGAUUAUCGAUGGAGGAAGUUCUGGGAAAUUCGAUUCUGUUCAUGUUGGUCGGGUAUGACACCACCUCUAAUGCUCUCACUUUUGCCUCGUAUAAUCUCGCCACAAAUCCGGAAUGUCAAGAAAAACUGAUUGACGAGAUCGACACCGUUCUUGGGAAGGAGUGUCCUGAUUAUGACAAUGUACAGAAACUGGACUACCUGGACAGAGUGUUCUGUGAGACACUGAGACUGUACCCCUCAGCUGCCAGAACUAACCGACUUGCUGAGAAGGACAUCGUUAUUGAGAAUUACACAAUUCCCAAGGGCACCGAUAUUUCUUUCCCCAUAUACAGCAUACACAGGGACCCCAAGUACUGGGAGGAUCCCGAGAAAUUUGACCCAGACAGGUUUACUCCGGAAAACAAAGCUAAGAGACAUUCUUAUGCCUAUCUCCCGUUUGGACAUGGACCGCGCAGCUGCAUAGGCAUGCGCCUCGCCCAGGUGGAGAUGAAGUUUGCAAUGACCUACAUUCUUCAACAUUACAGAUUCAAAACUUGUGCGGAAACAGAGAUUCCACUGACGAUAUCUAAAGCAGGACUACUAAAGCCAGAAAAUGGUGUCAAACUACUGCUGGAACCCAGAGCUUGAACAUCAGAAACGUUCAUAUUCAUACAGUAAAUAGCAAACAUAAGUGUGUCUUAAAACGGAUAAAAGUAUAUCUUGUAUACUUUACAAUACUAGUACAUGUAUCAUAUAAAUAGAACAUUCCUUUUUAGCAACAUAAAAUGAUGCUGUAUUUUUUCUAAGUAUUUUGAAUGUUUAGUAUUCAAACUAUAUAGCCAAAGGUUCCUAUGAAGAUAAUAAAAAUGUGAAAAGUUUAACAUUAUUAUAUAGUUUUAUACUUUAAUAUACUUAUAUGUAGCAUAGUGAUGAAAAAAAGAAACCUAAACUUGAAUAUGUUUUCUUUACAUUGGUACAACAUUAAAAUAAAGUUUGAUGUCAUAUCGUCA